AUGAUGCUCAACUCGGACCAGACCGAGAUCGACCUCCCCCCAUCCCACCCCGAGCCCGAGUCCGUCUUCAGCGACCGCUCUGGGGGCACCGGGGACGCUGGAGGAGGGGUGGCCUUGUGUCCCCAAUCCAGGGUAGGUGAAGCAGGAGAAGCCCUGAAGAAAGACCUGCAGCACCUGAGCCGGGAGGAGCGGCGGCGCCGGCGUCGCGCCACGGCCAAGUACCGGACAGCCCACGCCACGCGGGAACGCAUCCGUGUGGAAGCUUUCAACAUGGCCUUUGCUGAGCUCCGGAAGCUGCUGCCCACCCUGCCCCCUGACAAGAAGCUCUCCAAGAUCGAGAUCCUCCGCUUGGCCAUCUGCUACAUCUCCUACCUGAACCACGUGCUGGAUGUCUGA